AUGAGAUCUCUUCCUAAACAUUCCCUCUUUUCCGAAUUUCAUGAAUUGAAGAGAUUUAAUACAGAAAUCGGAGCCAAUCUACGACUUGCUCUUGAUUAUGCAUUUGAGAAAUAUAGAAAAUUACAUGCCUUCAUUGCUAGUUUCAUGUCCAAAAUUAAGAAUCUUGCUGAAUUACCAAGAGAAAAGUGGCCAGGUGGUUGGUUUUGUUCAGAACAUGAUGAUAAGCACCACAAGAAAAUAGAUAUUGAAAUGAGACACCAAUUCAUAUAUGUUGUCCCUUAUGAAAUUGGGCAAAAAGCGAGAAUACCAAAGAAUAAGUUCGAUCAAGAUAAGGCUGCAGCUUAUUUGAUAGAAUUGAAAAGGCAAUUGGAUAAUACGAUAAGAAAGUUUGUUGGGAAACAAGGUAUUCAUCCACCUGAAACUACUUUACCAGUUCGAGUGAGUUUUACAGAAAAGAAAGGAUUGUUUUUGGAUCACACUCACAUCAAUAGAUUGGAAGACAGAGAAAAGAAGAAAGAAAGCAGAAGAAACUGUACAAGAGUAGAAUUAACAAAAACAACUUCAAAUGAGAAACCAACAAGAACUAUUGAAACUCGAGAGCCUACCCAUUACGAAUCCUUUUAUUCAGAGCCUAAAUCAUUUGAGCCUCCUUCUAGGUUUGUAAGAAAAUCAGAAUUCCAUGAAAUGACAGACAAGAAACUUGAAAGGGAAAAUGCAGACAUUAAUCCAUAUGUUUUGUGGAGUUUCCCAACAUCUACAUUCUUUACAGACGAAAGAUUUCAAAGUCAUAACGAAAAUAUGACGAAGCGAAAGAAGAUGGAAAAAUUAGGUAAAUUCGAUUACAACGAUGUUAUCUCAAUGCGGCACUACAAGAGUAUGGUACAAGAUGUGGAAGAUGGUGAUGAUAUUAUUCAUGCUUUGCAAGAUCAACAACAAAGGUAUAUGUGUAAUUUAGGAGUUCAAGAUUGUAUUCAUGUUGGUAAACAUUUGGAUUGGUCAAAUAAAUAA